AUGGAUAAAAAGCAACAUUCAAAAUCAACUGCCAGCGGAUCAUCUUCUCCUUCCACAAUAAAUAAACCAAAAAAAUCAUCAUCAACAACAGCAGCAGCAUCACUACCAACAGCAACGACAAGCAGAAAUGCGGUACUUCCUCAAACUGCUCGUCGGAUUCUUCAAAAUUUCCUUUUGGUAUGGCUCGAUGCCAAUUUGCAAGAAUCAGAUAACGAUUUUACGAAUUCAUUGCAACAUCUGCGAAAAAUUGUGGCAUCUAUCACAACGUUUACGGAUGCCCAACAAUGUGUUAAUUUCCUAAGUGAAAUCAAAAAAGAAAAGGUAUUUAUGAUCGUAUCAGGUUCCUUGGGUCGUCAAAUAGUACCAGAAAUCGAAGCAUUGCCACAACUGGAAGCAAUUUAUGUGUUUUGUGGCAACCAAUCGGUUCAUGAACAAUGGGCUAAAAAAAUAAGCAAGGUUAAGGGUGUAUACACAAAAAUAGAACCAAUUUGUCAAGCACUUGAAAUCGAUCGACAACGAUGUGAUCAAGCUAUGAUCCCCAUCAGCUUUAAUGGUCGUGAUGCCUUAUUUAUGUAUACACAACUUUUAAAAGAAGCCCUUUUGGAAAUUGAAGAUGACGAUGUCAAAUCGAUUAAAGAUCUCGUAGAGUACUGUCGUCUACAAGAUGAUAUCGAUGAAGGUCAAAUUACGAAGGUCGAAAAUGAAUAUCGUGAUCAUACACCAAUAUGGUGGUAUACGGCUGAAACAUUUAUAUAUCCAAUGCUGAAUCGUGGCCUUCGACAAAUGGAUGUUGACAUCAUCCUUAAAAUGGGAUUUUUCAUCCGUCAUUUACAUCAGCAUAUUACACAAUUACAUUCUGAACAACAAGGAAACAUGCCAACAAAUUUUCAAGUCUUCCGUGGACAAGGUUUGUCCAUGGAAGAUUUUGAAAAAAUGAAAAAAACCAAAGGAGGACUUAUGUCCUUUAAUAAUUUCCUGUCGACAAGUCGCAAUCGUGAGAUAUCUUUCAAAAACUUUGCACGGCCAGCAGCAUUAAAUACAAACUCAGUUGGCAUCCUUUUCAUUAUGAAUAUUGACACGGCUAUUUGCACAAAAUCAUCGACACCAUUUGCUGCAGUAAGCAAAGUUGGCUACUACAAAGAUAAGGAGGAAGAAAUACUAUUUUCAACACAUGCGAUUUUUCGUAUCGAUCGCAUUGAACAAAUUCACGACAAUCACUGCGAUCGGCUAUACGAAGUUAAUCUCACUAUUGUCGGUAAUGACAAUCAUGAAUUGAACACACUUACAGCACAUCUGCGAGAAGAGUCCACUUGGGCAACAGGAUGGGCUCGAUUUGGUGACAUACUUAUUCAACUUGGUGAGCCUGCAAAAGCAGAACAACUCUAUCAGAUCCUCAUUGAAAAGGCACCUUCUGAUAAACAUAGAGCAGAUUACAAUCAUCAACUUGGUUGGAUUUCUAGACACCUAGGCGAGUAUUCAAAAGCACUUUUAUAUUAUGAAAAAUCACUGGAUAUCAACAAGAAAAUUCUCUCUCCAAAUGAUCUCAGUUUGGCUUCUUCCUACAACAACAUCGGGAAUGUGUAUAACAACAUGGGCGACUACUCGAAAGCACUUUCAUCGCAUGAACGAUCACUUGAAAUCCGUAAAAUAGCUCUCCCUCCGAAUCAUCCCGACUUGGCUUCUUCCUACCUCAACAUCGGUUCUGUGUAUUAUAGCAUGGGCGAGUACUCAAAAGCACUUUCAUCGUAUGAACGAUCACUUGAAAUCCGUAAAAUAGCUCUCCCUCCGAAUCAUCCCGACUUGGCUGCUUCCUACAUGGGCAUCGGUAAUCUGUAUAAAGACAUGGGCGAGUACUCGAAAGCACUUUCAUCGUAUGAACGAUCACUUGAAAUCAAGAAAAUAGCUCUCCCUCCGAAUCAUCCCGACUUGGCUGCUUCCUACAACAACAUCGGCAUGGUGUAUAAUAGCAUGGGCGAGUACUCGAAAGCACUUUCAUCGUAUGAACGAUCACUUGAAAUCAAGAAAAUAGCGCUUCCACCAAAUCAUCCCAACUUGGCUUCUUCCUAUGGCAACAUCGGUUUUCUGUAUGAGCAUAUGGGACAGUACUCGAAAGCACUUCCAUUUCUCGAACGAACACGCGAUAUCUUCAAAAAAGCUCUCCCUCCCACACAUCCGAAUGUCGCGAAAUCUGAAAGAGAUGUUGAAAAUGUAAAAAAGAAAAUGUAAUUGUUUUUUUUCUAAAGAAGAAAAUAAAUUGGCCAUCUUGAACCGAAAGCUCGCCGAAGCAAGCAGAUGCAACAUUUCACGCACGCGCGACCAGAGAUACCCUCCGUAUUCUGCUGGCUCGUACAG